GGAUUUUGGCUCCCUGAUAGGUUACUGUACUUGGUUGUCCUGAUAAGAUAGCAGGUGAAUCUGAACAGCAGCCUAAGUUAUUGACCUGCUGAACCAGGGACUGGAAGGGUAGUAGCGCUUAUGUAGAAAACAUUUCCUUUGAAAGUGUGCUUCUCCUUUGUUACUUCAAAAAUGAAAAUUGAUAUUCAUAGCCACAUUCUACCUAAGGAAUGGCCUGAUCUAAAAAAGAGAUAUGGAUAUGGUGGAUGGGUUCAGUUGGAUCAUCACUGCAAGGGACAGGCAAAGAUGAUGAAGGAUGGAAAGGUUUUUAGAGUUAUUCAGGAGAACUGCUGGGAUCCAGAAGUACGGAUUAAAGAGAUGGACCUAUCAGGUGUCACAGUGCAAGUCCUUUCCACAGUGCCUGUAAUGUUCAGCUACUGGGCCAAACCUCAGGACACUUUAGAUCUAUCCCAGAUAUUAAAUAAUGACUUAGCUGCUACAGUAAAAAAGUACCCCAAGAGGUUUAUUGGCCUGGGUACAUUACCUUUGCAAGCUCCAGACCUGGCUGUGAAGGAAAUGCAUCGUUGUGUGAAUGAACUUGGAUUUCCUGGAGUACAAAUAGGAUCUCAUGUCAAUGAAUGGGACCUGAAUGCACCAGAAAUGUAUGAUAUCUAUGCUGCUGCUGAACAACUAAAUUGCUGUCUCUUUGUGCAUCCCUGGGACAUGCAGGUAGAUGGAAGGAUGUCUAAGUACUGGCUUCCCUGGCUGGUAGGCAUGCCAGCAGAAACAACCAUAGCCAUUUGCUCCAUGAUUAUGGGAGGAAUUUUUGAAAAAUUUCCUAAGCUGAAAGUUUGCUUUGCACAUGGAGGUGGAACUUUUCCAUACACAGUGGGGCGAAUCUCCCAUGGAUUCAGUGUGCGCCCUGAUUUGUGUGCAGUGGAUAAUAAGGUGGAUCCAAGAAAGUACCUUGGUUCAUUUUAUACAGACUCUCUUGUCCAUGAUCGUGGUGCACUGAGGCUACUAACAAGUGUAAUAGGAGAGGACAAAGUUAUUUUGGGGACAGAUUAUCCUUUUCCACUGGGGGAACUGGAACCUGGAAAAUUGAUUGAUUCGAUGGAGGAGUUUGACAAUAAACUGAAGGAUAAACUCAAGGCUGGCAAUGCGCUGGAAUUUUUGGGCCUUAGCAGAAAGCAAUUUGAAUAAUUAUGAAGAUAUUAAAUAGACCAAACUUUGGAAAUAAUAUUGAAUCCUUAUGUGGUAUUAUACUGAUGAACAAAAUUGACAAGUACAUUACAAUCUACUGUUAUUUCCAAAAACAAGGGUACUGGAAAUGUGUGUGCACAGGCAUUUCUGUGUAUUUGAGGAUUUAGGUUCUCUUUACACAAUUUUGAAAUUCCUGCUUUCAUACAAAAGGGGAGAUUUUAUUUUUUGCAGAUUCUCACUCAGCAUCUCUGAAUGAGAAUCAAUGCCAUGACGUUAGAACUUGAUUCUUUGGAACAAAGAACUGAGAAAAUUAUGACUUGUCUCCAUUACAUUUCAGCCUUUGUUAUUUCUGAUGCCAAAUAAAAUUUAAAAGACAGUAUUUGUCUUUAUCCACUGAUUGAAAUCGCAGAAAACUGCACUUUAAUCCAGCACUUCACGUGUAUAUACUGACACUUUAUGUGAAAGGAUAAAAAAGGUCUAUGGAGUUCUACUUUUUAGCUGCUGCCUACAUCACUGGCAACCGUUUCAUCAGAAACAAUUUGAACAAUAUGGUUGUAGGUGCAGAAGUAAUGUGUUUGUGUGGAUAAUACUUUGCACAUGUCACUGUCAAAAUAAAUAAUAGUAUUAUUUAAUAAUAGCAUGGUUUAAUGUUCUAUUCUUUAAAAUUAUUUCCUAAAAAUACGGCUAGAUACUUUAAAUGAAAUGAAAUAUGUUAAUGCUCCUUCUAGUUUGAAUCCCGCUAUACAAACGGAAGACACUUUUUUAAGCUACCGAAGGGUAGAUUGAAACAGGUUUUCAUGAUUAUCAGGUGAGACAGUGGGUAUCCUCCUCCUGAGAGGACUUUAGACUAGUCAGAAAAAUGCUGAUGAGCACUUACACUUUCCUUUCUCAUGUGUUCAUUUGCUUGCUAGAUGUCACACCAUCAUUGUCCUAUUUAGUCUUAGAACACUCCAGGGAAAAUAACAGACAGAAUUUAUGUACUGUAGCUGUGAUCAUAUUUGUCCUUAUAUCAGAGAUUGAACCGUAAGGAUAUUGAACAUCAGCAGUUUCCACUGAUGCAAGCCUCUGUUGAACUACAAACCAAAAAGGCCUCGUCCUUCCUUACAGUGUCAAAAAAAAGAGGGGAGGGGGUCCAGGUGUGUAAAUUAUAUCUUUGGAUAUCUGUUGCACUUUGAUCAUUACUAUAUUGCUUCUCCAAAUAGAUUCCAUAAAAGACUAUUGAACAUCAGUAUUUGCUGAAGUAGUCGGCAGCUCACAGGUUAAGGCCCUGUGAAUAUCAGAUGGUUAUAUAAGAGGAAAAGAGGACCUAGAUAAAAUAGUUUUAACAAUAUUAAUUGUCCUAGAAUUGGCAGACUUCCGUUGACCUUUUUUAUUUAAAUAUCUACAAAUGGGUAAAAUACUCAGUGACUUCCAGGUAUGGUGAUUUUUCAACCAGAUUGUUUUAAUUAAAUUGCAAAGUAGAAGAAAAGCAACUUUGUUCUCAUAUAAUAUUUUCUUCCUUCAGCAUAUUUUUCACAGAUGUUUAAAUGGAUUUAAGAGACAAAUAUAUUGUGACUGCUCCAAUACAUUUUAAUCAGAUUAAUUCAUUCAUUUUUUUCUUUUUUUUUUCUGAAUGAAACCUGUUAAGUCAGUGAGAACCCAGUGUUUGUAUCUUUGGGGACCAAGUCCUGGAACCUCUCCAAUAGCAAAAACAGUAUUUGAUUACCUUAACCUGUGACUGAAUGGAUGAUUGCAGCUCUGUGUGGUAAUUAAUUAAUGUGCAUGCAGUGCUUAAAUCGUAUUCAUUAUGCUCUAUCAUUAUUUAAUAAUAUUCUCUUUAUUCUUGA